AUGACGAGAUUCAAUAUUAAUGUCACUAACCUUGUUACAAAAAAAGUCAGAAAUUCCACGAAUUUUAUUAACCUAAUGUUGGAAAUAGCAAAUCAAAUCUCUUGAUGAAAGUCUUGUAAUAAGAAAAUAUGAGAGAUCAGAAGAAAUCAAGAAAUAUAAAGACAAAUUACUUGGAUACUUUCUCACUGAAGCGAGUAGAGAGAGAGAGCGAACUCAAACUCACGUGCUCUUGGCCAUGGUGCAUGGAAAAGAUGAACCACGUGCAUGGAGAAAUGUGAGCUGGCAACUAAAACUUACUAUAAUAUUUUUCUUGUCACCAUUCAAUACAUGUUGUUUAAGCGUUUUUCUACUAUAAAUGUUUAACAUUUUAUUAUUCAGUUGAUGGUAAGAAAUAUUAUUUUAGUAAGUAAUGAAGUGCCUACGUUUUAUAAAUUGUUGUAUAAGUACUGUAGAUCUAGUAUAUCUUUAGUAUAUAAGUACAAAACUUUGGUAAGGAUAGUUAUAAUUUCUGAAGUUGAGUUUGUUGUUCUCCUCUGUUCUUUUCUUUUAUCUUCAACCUCAGUCACUUAAUAAAACCCAAAGCAGAAAAACUUUCACAAUUUGAAGUUAUAAGUUAUCUUUUGUUUUCACAAUAAAUCAGCUCAUAUGCAAACAUUAUCUUCUAAGCGGACACCUAUCCAUCCACACUGCCCAUCAAAUCUGUUAUUAUUCUUAAUAUCUCUAGCUCUGACCAUCUCUAGUGUGAGCUCCCGUGUCUUAAGUCCUGUCCCUCUAAAUAACUCGAUCCUGAUCUCUGAUGGCAUCCAUGGCGCCUCGGAGUAUGAGUUUCUCACUCUAGAUCCUCCAAAGAACGUCUCUAAAGCAGCUUGCCUUCAUGUCUACGGGUUUCUUCCAUGUGCAGACAAUAUUGGAGGUUAUGCCUUCCAAGUUUUCUCUUUUGGGUGUCUCUUGGUCAUCGGUGACUAUUUCUUGUCUGAAGGAAGAUCAAAACUCUUUGUAAUCUUCGAGGUCGGUUUCUAUGGUGGUAUUGUCUUCCCUCUUCUUACAAUGUUCCCAAGAAUUGUCCUUAUGCUCUCGCCUGGAUUAUCAGCGACCCAUGAUGAUGCUCUGGCGAUUGUGGGUAGCAACGUUGGUGUUACUGUAGGGUACACAGUUUUUGCUCUAACAAUGCAAUGGGGAGCUUGUGUUGUCUUUGGUUUGACUAGCCCUAGUUCAGGCCAGUCAACCCCAAGAGGAUCAAUCAAAAGAACAACCUCUGAUACAAAGAAUCCAAGAAGAGGGUUUUACAGGACGAAGAUACUGAAAAACAUCGUUGAAGCAAACGUAGAUGCGGAUCCUAAGAACAAGAAAUCUGCAGGGAUUAUGCUUCUCACUCUAGCUCCAUUUCUCAUGGUGACAUUGCCUGAUUUACUUGAUGCACAAGCUUGGAGUGACAUCACUAUUUUGAUCACUCUCAUAAUCACCGUUUCUUCAACCUUCAUCUACUUUGUUUACUCGUAUUUUGAUACGGCAGACCAAAAGAAGAGCUUAGAUAAUGCCAAGUUUGAGCUCAUGUCUGAAGUUCAUAAACAUUUGCAAAGCUUUUCGCCUCGAAGCCUUAUAAGAGAUGGACAACUAACUAAAGAGAGCUUGAAAAGUUUGUUUGAUAAGAUCGAUAGGAACAAAGAUGGGAAGAUUCAAAUCUCGGAGCUUAAAGACUUAACCGUAGAGUUUGGAGUUUAUGGAAGAAUGAAAUGUGACAUCAAUGAGUUUGCAAACACUUUACUUGCUGAUUUUGACAAAGACAAAGAUGGUGAGUUAGACGAGAACGAGUUUGAAGAAGGGGUAAUGAAACUACUGAAUCAAUACAAGUUCGACAACCCAGCAGAUACUCCAAGACAGGGAAACACUUGCAUUUACAGAACGGCAUCAGAUUCCGUGCAUGUCAAGAAUCUGUCUCAAGGCGAGGAAGCUGGAGUUUUAAAGCUGGAGAUGCCAAAGCAAACCCUUGUUGCUAAAUUGCUCUCUUUGAGAACCUUAAAAGCUGUCCUUAAAGUCAUUGGUGGGAUGCUAAUGGUCCUGUUUCUUGCUAAACCAUUUAUGAUCAACAUUAAUCUCUUGUCGGUUACAGCUGGAGUUCCUUCUUUCUACGCUGUAUUUGCAGUGAUCCCUUUGGUUAGAAACUUGAAGAACACGUUAUCUGCACAUUUCUGUCGAAAGAAAGAUAAGGCAAGAAUCGCUUCUGAGAAAUUCUCUGAGAUAUAUAGGGAUGUUACAAUGAACAAUCUCAUGGGAAUGUCGAUUGUAUUGGCGAUUGUAUACACCAAAGGAUUGAAAUGGGAUUACUCAACAGAAGCUCUUCUUGCUGUGGUUGUUGGCCUUGCAAUUGGCUUACCGGCUUAUGUGAGAUCAACUUAUCCGUUUUGGAUUUCUGUAUUGGCCUUUGCUAUGUAUAUCUCCUCUCUUGUUUUAAUCUAUCUCCAUUUUCAUUUGAGAGGUCAGAACUAAAAGCUGUCACCUUUGAGCUCUGAUCAGACUGAGAGUUUAUCAGUUCCAUAUUGCUUUUCAUUUUCAUAAUGUUGAUGAGAGCUUAAUAAAACCUAUGUUCUCUUUGA